GACAGCAUGUAUCGUUCCGGCAUAAUAGAUCCGCAAUGGCGAUCCAUGGUGGAACGGCCCAUAACUUCAGCCAUGCCCUUGGAGAUAUGUGGAUCUUCGUCAUGGAGGACGAAGACCAGUGCAAAGGUCGAUGGCAUGAUCUCACAGGCUACGUCAAGAAAGGACAUCUACCUAUCCAGUAUGGUCACUCAGUAACACCAACUGAUCAUGGUGUGUUACUGUUUGGAGGCCGGAUGCCAUCCGAUUCCAAACUAGUACUUGUGGACAUCCGUUCAACAGUCGAAAUAGCCGUUUAUGAUAUACCAAUAAUCCCUGAGAUACCGAACCGCUAUUGCCACAGCCUGUCAUUUGUAAAUAAUGACCUAAUCCUGAUUGGAGGCAUUCAGAGUGGUACGAGCCUAGGACGUCGUUCAAAUGACUGGGCACUACUAAUUACCAUCAAAAACAAUGGUUCUCAAGCUACAUCGAAUAAGUUCUUCAAAAUGAGAAUCUGGGAUCACUUCGUGUUUGGCAAUUUGAUAAUUGGUGGAAUUGAAGAGAAUUCGUAUGGAUCCUCCAGUUUUCACCUGCUCAAUACCUCCAAUCUGUGCCCUGUCGGCCUUGAACGGGACGAGAAAUCCCAAUGCCAACCAUGCCCUAAUGGAAGGUAUUCUCCAUCUCUUCAACAGCACUGUAUCAAAUGCAACCAGUCCUUAACAACCGUCGGUGAAGCCGCAUCUCACUGUGUUCCUGAUGUACCAUGUAAAGAAAACACUUGUAAUGGCCAUGGAGAUUGCCUGGUCAACAAGGAAGACUUCAAACACAUCUGCGUGUGUCGUUUCGGAUAUUUACCCAGCGAUGACUGCAAUGCACCAGCAGUGUACCUGAUCUUAAUGGCUUCUCUCGUUUUCGCAACCACUCUUACCACUCUCGUCAUAGCUCUCAUUCAGUUCCUGAGAAAGAGAAGGGCUCUGAAUGCAAAGGAAAUUGAACUAGUCAAUACGAAUCGGGACCUCUACCGCUCCAACAGAAAGCUCAGUCAAAUCAACCAUGGCACGUGUAUCGCCUGGUCUGAUCUGAAGAUUCAGAGACAACUUGCCGGGGGAAGGUUUUGUAAAGUGUUACUUGCUGAGUUGGGAGAUAUGGUAGUUGUUGUUAAGCGACUUCCACCGUUUGUAUCAACUGCAUCGCCGUACGAUUCCUUCAUCCAGGAAGCGGAAGUUCUACGAACAUUAAGCCACCCAAAUAUAGUUCUAUUCCUGGGGGCAGGAAAGGACACGCAAUCCAGGUGUCCAUUUCUUGUGAUGGAAUACUUGAUGCGAGGUUCUCUCUGCGAUGUUCUUCAUGAUCCAUACAACAGUAUUGAACACCCAGAUCGACUGCGUUUUUCCCUGGAUGCUGCACGAGGUGUAAAGUAUCUCCACAACAGAGGUCCACCAAUGAUCCACCGUGACAUCAAGUCAGCCAACAUGCUAGUUAGUAACAAAUGGGUGGUGAAGAUCGCCGACAUGGAAACAGCACGAUUCCUUGCCAUCCUUCAUCCCGACGGUAUUGAGUCAAAUGAGAGGGACACAGGGUGCAAGCAGGCAAGAGAUCAUUCUACACACGCAGCAUCAGAUACAACCCACUCUGAUCAACUAAUAACCCCAUUAUUGGGUGCUACCAGUGUCACCUCUGAUGUGGAUCGCACUGAUGACGACAGAGCUACGCAGGGCAUGACAUCACGAAUCGGAAUGACGUGUGGAGUUGGUACAGAUCGCUGGCGAUCACCUGAAUCCAUCAAGAAGAAUCUGUACACGGAGAAACACGAUGUCUACAGCUUUGGCGUGGUGAUGUGGGAGCUCUCAACUCGAAAGAUACCGUAUGAACACCUCAGCAACUCUGAUGAUAUCCUGGAUGAAAUUGCACGUGGCACCAAGCCCAUCUUUCCACCAAACAUACCCUAUGGGUAUCGUCACAUCGCUGAGCAGUGCAUCAAGACAGAUCUACAGGAAAGACCUUCAAUGCAGCGCAUUGUCCAAGAGUUGCUAACACAAAUUGAUCGCAACUGACGCGUUUAAUCACUUUCAUCUUUAGCUCUUCAAUAGUGCUAACUUCAUCCAAUAUCGAGAUGUUGCAGCCGAAGGAAGGAUAUGACGUCAUACUGGUAUUGUAACACUCCUUGUGGCCGUGGCAACCAGUUACAAGGUCAAAGACAUUAAGUCACUGAACUAAGUUACUUCUGUAGAACAUGGUAGAAUGCACAUGAAACUGACUCGCUUCCAAUAAUGUGCAGCCUCACUCUGACGUCAGUCUUUGUCAUUGUACAUGUUACGAUGUAUAUCCUAAGUACAUGUAUGUAUUAGUAAUACAUUAAAGCUGCAUAUUGCAUUUUCAUACCUGUCUCAUGAAGCCGCUUAUGUCUACACGCAUUUACGAACAGUAGUCAAGCAUUGGUGAGAUUUCUAAGGUACAUUCCGUUUCUUAAAAUGUCUAUACUUGUUUAAUGAUUUUAACUUUUACUUGCUUGAAUGUUCGAUGUACCCAAAGCCAGCCAUGAAUCACCAGUAGUCAGUGGGCAUUAGUACUAUGUCGCCUACGUGUAAUUGUAUCGACUGAAUCUCUGCUUUCAGUAGUCUGAAUCUGAAGGUUUUUUUUAAAGUUAUUCGAAGCAUCCACAGGACUACCAACCAUAAUCCAUAAUCACGUACUACAACUUGCUUUGUUAACAGUCACCACAGGAAGACUUACCCUAUGUAUUGGUCACGCGCUACUGAUUGCUUUGUCAUUGUUUAUUGCCUCACGCCGAUCAUCCAACCCUGUAUUUUGAUGCUAACUUGCUUGCUCUUUGCAUACUUGCCUGUACACAUUUCUCAAGCCUCUCGCAAACAUUGGAAAUUG